UUGAUUAUUGACAACGCAGUCGGUUUUUCUUCGUUUUUUCAAUCUAAUCUAAUCAAUCUAAUACUAAUACCUUUUAGGCAGUAAGUUAAAUGCUUUAUCAAAUCCCAUUAUGAUGAUCAGAACAACAUAGAAUAGAAAAGACUCAAAUGUUCCCGAUGAUCUGGUGUGUUUUCUGGUUUGAGAAUGUCGUUUCUCAAGUUCAAAAUCCUAGAUAACGUCAGAAGCUUUUUAUUUCACCAUGAAUUGCUUUGUACUGACCUCCUUCUCCCCUCUCUCUCUUUCUGCUGAGGCCCCCUUUCUGUCUCUUUGCUCGCUAACUGACCAUUCUCUCCUCUCUCGGCUGACUCUGUAGAUGAUGGUGAAUAGAACAACAGAGAGCGGUUUCACGCCCCUCCACAUCGCGGCUCACUACGGCAACAUUAACGUGGCCACCCUCCUGCUGAACAGAGGAGCAGCUGUGGACUUCAUGGCUCGGAAUGACAUCACUCCGCUUCAUGUGGCCUCAAAAAGAGGCAACAGCAACAUGGUCAAGUUGUUGCUGGACAGAGGGUCCAAAAUAGAUGCAAAGACCAAGGAUGGUCUGACGCCUCUUCACUGCGGGGCGAGGAGCGGGCACGAGCAAGUGGUAGAAAUCCUGCUGGACCGGGGCGCUCCUUUCCUGUCCAAGACCAAGAACGGGCUGUCGCCGCUCCACAUGGCCACUCAGGGGGACCACCUGAACUGCGUGCAGCUGCUGCUCCAAAACGACGUGCCGGUGGACGACGUCACCAACGACUACCUGACGGCGCUGCACGUCGCCGCCCACUGCGGCCACUACAAGGUGGCCAAGCUCAUCGUGGACAAGAAGGCCAACCCCAACGCCAAGGCUCUGAAUGGUUUCACUCCGCUUCACAUCGCCUGCAAGAAGAACAGAGUGAAAGUGAUGGAGCUGUUGCUGAAACAUGGAGCGUCUAUCCAGGCUGUCACUGAGUCUGGCCUGACGCCCAUCCACGUGGCGGCCUUCAUGGGCCACGAGAACAUCGUCCACGCGCUGACGAACCACGGCGCCUCGCCCAACACGACCAAUGUACGAGGAGAGACGUCUCUGCACAUGGCGGCCAGGGCGGGUCAGGCGGACGUGGUGCGAUACCUGCUCAAGAACGGGGCCAAGGUGGAGACCAAGUCCAAGGACGACCAGACGGCGCUGCACAUCUCCAGUCGGCUGGGGAAGGUCGACAUCGUCCAGCAGCUGCUGCAGUGCGGCGCCUCUGCCAACGCCGCCACCACCUCGGGCUACACCCCUCUUCACCUGGCCGCCCGCGAAGGACACCAAGACGUCGCCGUCAUGCUGCUGGAGAACGGAGCCUCCCUCUCCUCCUCGACCAAGCAGAAAGGGUUCAGUCCGCUGCACGUGGCAGCAAAGUACGGCAAGAUGGAGGUGGCCAGUCUCCUCCUGCAGAAGAGAGCUGCGCCGGAUGCUGCUGGGAAGAGUGGGCUAACUCCGCUGCAUGUAGCCGCUCACUACGAUAAUCAGAGAGUGGCUCUGCUGCUGCUGGAUCAGGGAGCUUCCCCGCACGCUGCCGCCAAGAAUGGCUACACGCCGCUCCACAUCGCCGCCAAAAAGAACCAAAUGGACAUCGGGACCACACUGCUGGAGUACGGCGCCGACACCAACGCGGUGACGCGACAGGGCAUCAGCCCCAUUCACCUGGCGGCCCAGGAGGGCAGCGUGGACCUGGUGUCCCUGCUGCUGACCAAGAACGCCAACGUCAACAUGUGCAAUAAGAGCGGACUCACACCGCUGCAUCUGGCAGCGCAGGAGGACAAGGUCAACGUGGCAGAGGUCCUUCUCAACCACGGGGCUGAUGUAAACCCACAGACGAAGAUGGGUUACACUCCGCUGCACGUGGCUUGUCACUACGGCAACGCAAAGGUGGCAAACUUCCUGCUGCAGAACCAGGCCAGAGCCAAUGGCAAAACCAAGAACGGGUACACUCCUCUACACCAGGCGGCUCAGCAGGGCCACACCCACAUCGUCAACCUGCUGCUUCAGCGCGGGGCCUCGGCCAACGAGCUCACCGUGAAUGGGAACACCGCGCUGUCCAUCGCCCGUCGUCUUGGAUACAUCUCUGUUGUGGACACCCUGAGGCCCAUGACGGACGAAAACCUGACGACCAUGAGCACAUCAGAAAAACACAAAAGCAACGUCCCAGAGACCAUGAAUGAGUUCCUCGACAUGUCCGACGAUGAAGGUGAGGACGCGUUGACCGGGGACACGGACAAAUACCUGCGGCCUCAGGACCUCAAAGAGCUGGGGGACGACUCCCUCCCGCAGGAGGGCUACAUGGGUUUCAGCAUAGGAGCCCGCUCGGCCAGCCUGCGCUCCUUCAGUUCGGAUAGGUCCAACACGCUCAACCGGAGCUCCUAUGCGCGGGACAGCAUGAUGAUCGAGGAGAUCCUGGCGCCCACAAAGGACACGCUUCAGAGUGUCUGUAAAGACAUUUCCUACUUGGUCGACCCACUCAAUAAGCACCUGGCCGUGAGCAGAGAAAACGGCUCGGAGUACAUGCGGCGUUACAGCUGGACUCCGGACACCGUGGACCACAGUCCCAACACUGUGUCCAGUCCCAUUCACUCCGGCCUCUCCUCCCCGCUCCCCCAGUAUGACUCCAGGUUCCUGGUCAGCUUCAUGGUGGACGCCCGCGGUGGCUCCAUGAGGGGCAGCCGCCACAACGGCAUGCGCAUCAUCAUCCCCCCCAGGAAGUGCACGGCGCCCACCCGCAUCACCUGCCGCCUGGCCAAAAGGCACAAGCUGGCCUACCCGCCGCCCAUGGUGGAGGGAGAGGGGCUGGUCAGCCGGCUGGUGGAGGUCGGACCUGCCGGGGCUCAGUUCCUCGGCCCGGUGAUUGUGGAGAUCCCUCAUUUCGGGUCCAUGCGGGGGAAAGAGAGGGAGCUCAUUGUGCUGAGGAGUGAAAACGGCGACACGUGGAAGGAGCACCAGUCUGACGCCAGGCCGGAAGACCUCUUUGAUCUGCUCACGGGAAUGGAUGAAGAGCUGGACAGUCCUGCCGAGUUGGAGAAGAAGCGCAUUUGCCGCAUCGUCACCAGCGAUUUCCCUCAGUAUUUUGCCGUGGUGUCACGGAUCAAGCAGGAGUCGAACCACAUGGGUCCCGACGGAGGCAUGCUGUCCAGCAGCACCGUGCCAAUGGUCCAGGCCUCGUUCCCGCAGGGGGCGCUCACCAAGAAGAUCCGCGUUGGCCUGCAGGCGCAGCCCGUGCCAGACGACAUGGCGAGGGCGGUGCUCGGGAACCGGGCCACCUUCAGCCCCAUCGUCACCGUCGAGCCGAGGAGGAGGAAGUUCCACAAGCCGAUCACUAUGACCAUCCCCGUCCCGCCUCGAUCGGCAGAAGGCCAUCCCAGCGGCCACCGGGGCGACGCGGCGCCCUGCCUGCGUCUGCUCUGCAGCAUUACAGGAGGGACGUCCCCGGCCCAGUGGGAGGACAUCACAGGAACCACACCGCUGUCCUUUGUAACCGAUUGCGUCUCCUUCACCACAAAUGUGUCGGCCAGGUUCUGGCUCGCAGACUGUCACCAGAUUCCUGAGACGGUGAGUCUAGCGUCUCAGUUAUACCGGGAGCUGAUCUGCGUGCCGUACCUGGCCAAGUUUGUGGUUUUCGCCAAGAUGAACGACCCGAUUGAGGCGCGGCUGCGCUGCUUCUGCAUGACGGACGACAAAGUGGACAAGACCCUCGAGCAGCAGGAGAACUUUGAGGAGGUGGCCCGCAGCAAAGACAUCGAGGUGCUUGAGGGAAAGCCCAUCCACGUCGAUUGCUAUGGCAACCUGUCCCCUCUCACCAAAAGUGGCCAACAGCUGGUGUUUAACUUCUUCUCCUUCAAGGAAAACCGGCUUCCUUUCAAUGUCAAGGUCAGAGAUAUGGGCCAGGAGCUAUGUGGUCGCCUCUCCUUCCUGAAAGAGCCCAAAUCUAGCAAAGGCCAUCCACAGGCUGCCAUAUGCAAUUUGAAUAUCACACUGCCAACCCACAAGAAGGAUAUGGAGUCUGAUCCUGAUGAUGAGACUGAAAAGCCAGAACGACGUCAUACCUUUGCCUCCUUAGCUUUGCGUAAGCGCUACAGCUAUUUGACCGACCCAGCAGCGAAAACAACUGAUCGAAGCUCGCCGAGAACACAGCCUUCUAGCUACCCUCACAAACCUGUCUUUUCAACGAGAUCUUAUCAGGCGUGGUCGCCUGUUCCUGUCGCCGUCCCUUGCCAAGCCAAGUCUGGGUUUGGCUCCCUCUCCAGUUCGUCAUCCAACACGCCCUCUGCCUCUCCAUUAAAGUCUGUCUGGUCCAUCAACUCUGCCUCUCCCAUCAAGACAAACAUCCCAGGAUCACCAGCCUCUUCUGUAAAGUCAGUUAGUGACAUGGCCUCUCCCAUCCGAUCUUACAGAACUAUCUCCUCUCCCAUAAAAACUGUAGUCCAGCAAGCCCAGUACCCAGUGCAGGUCAGCCACAGUCCCCUGGCCUCACCAGGUAGAAGCGCCUCAGAUUGCAUAUCCAUUAAAGGACUGGCAGCAUUGUCUGCUAGGACUUCACCUAUAACUGUCUCUGGACCAGGAAGCCCUCUUCUUGAGAGAACAUCAAAAAGCAUGACCCCUCCAACCUCUCCCAAAUCCUCCCAGAGCAUGUUCACUUCACCCCUGCCAUACAAGACCGUAAUGGGAGGCUCUUGUGGCACAGGAUCUUCCUCCUCGCCCAUAAAAACAGUCCCCGGUCUCUCAUCCGUGCGUUCCUUUGCCGCAGACGUCACUGGCCCUGCAAGGAACCUGUUCUCCUCCCUUUCGUCACCACUUAAGUCCUACACUCCACCGAGUGCUGCAGCUCUGAUCAAUGGAACUGUGUCACCCACACAGUACCGCUCUUCAUCCCCCACAUCUCUUCUCGCGAGCAGUCUUCAAGAGAGAAUACAAGCAACCACCAACGCUGCGACUACAAGUGUCAAUGCAGCUUUUGAUGAGGUUGAGAAAACCUUCAAUUCUUGUUCUGCAGGCUAUGGCACCUUAAAGUCCAUGUCCUCUUCAGCAUCCUCCUCAUAUCAGUCCAUUAGAUCAUCUGCUUCAAAUUCUCUCUAUGCCUCCCUGAGAUCCCCUCCUAACACGACCACCACUAGUGUGACAUCCAGCACGAUGACUAUCCCAGUGUACUCUGUAACUAACGUGCUGCCUGAGCCCCAGUUUAAAAAGUUACCCGAGGUGUCAAAGUCAGCCGCAGCCCUUCUGUCCCCGCGGAAGACUGUGCCCGUUGAGGUGAAUGCUCAGGUGCAGUCUUCCUUUGCCAGAACUCUCUCCCCACUCAAAUCGCCUCUUUUUUCUGCCGGCCUCAAAUCAAAUACCGCAUCGCCGCUUUCAUCGAGCCAAGAGAUUCUGAAAGAUGUGGCCGAAAUGAAAGAGGACUUGAUACGAAUGUCAGCCAUUUUGCAGACGGACCCCAAUUCCACUGCUAAUAAAGGUUUCCAGUCAGAUUCCCCUAAAGAGGCUAGGAUAGAGGACGAGGAGCCAUAUAGAAUUGUGGAGAAAGUAAAGCAAGAUUUAGUCAAAGUGAGUGAAAUCCUCACCAAAGACACUGGGAAGGAUGGAAGGGUUUCCCUUGCACGAGGUUCUUUGGAUGACAUACAUUUCUCAAAAGUACAAGUCGAACAACCGCCAAGCAACUGGAGCUAUCCACCGAGAUAUGAGACUGUGGUUCCUCAAGCCAAGUCCAAAACCAUACCCGAUAGAGAUUUCAAUCUCUCCAAAGUGGUUGACUACCUGGCCAAUGAUGUUGGCAGUAGCUCCUUCUCCAAAACACAUGACACAAAACAUAAAGCAGAUGAGGGAAAGAGAGAAGGACAGGGCAAGGAGAAGCAGAAACGUGUCCUCAAACCCACCAUAGCAGUUCAGGAGCAUAAGCUGAAAAUGCCUCCAACAAACAUGCGCUCAUCACCUUCAGACAAAGAGAUUAGUAAAGUAGCAGAUUCGCUUUUUGACAGUGUGCUAGACUCCCCUGAUGAUAUCUCACACGAACAGGAUAAAAGCCCCCUCUCCGAUAGUGGCUUUGAGACCCGUAGUGAAAGGACACCCUCCGCUCCUCAGAGUGCAGAGGGCAUGGGCCCCAAGGCCCUUUUCCAGGAUAUCCCAGUUCCCCCAGUAAUCACUGAAACUAGGACUGAGGUUGUGCAUGUCAUCAGGAGCUAUGAGCCCCCUGAGGAUAAUAAACAACCUGCAAUGGAGGAUGCACAUCCCGUCAGAUAUAUUGAUUCAGAUUCUAAAGGGCAUCAAGCUACAUCAACUCCAGAUCAGAAUAAAUGCUAUUCGAUAAAAGUCAGCCCAGAUGAGGAUCCAAUGGGGAAAGGGAUGAGGGUAAAGGAGGAGACUCACAUCACCACCACCACCAGGAUGGUGUACCACAAACCGCCUGGUAAAGAGACCGCAUCGGAAAGGUGUGAGGAAACUAUGUCCGUGCAUGAUAUAAUGAAGGCUUUUCAGUCAGGCAAAGACCCUUCUAGAGAGCUGGCUGGGCUGUUUGAACACAAGACCAGCAAUGAGGAAACAUCACAACGAGUCCUCGAGGACAUCCACUCCAAACCUAAGGUUGAAAGAAUAAUUGAGGUUCACAUUGAAAAGGGAAGUAAAACAGAACCGACAGAGGUCAUCAUCAGAGAGACAAAAAACCAUGCGGAGAAGGAAAUGUAUUACUACCCAGGAACUAGACAGGAAGAGGAAGAGCCUGAAGAAUCGCUUCCAGUUUACCUUGACUGCCCCAGAGUGCACACAACCAUGUCCCAAGAGGAAGACAGCCGUCCUAGUUCAGCCCAGCUCUUGGCAGAUGAAUCUUACAAAACACUGAAGCUACUAAGCCAGCAAUCCGUAGAGUACAAUGAGGAUGAAGCCUCAGAGCUUAGGGGAGAAUCUUAUAAUUUUGCAGAGAAAAUGCUGCUCUCUGAGAAAUUUGACCAGUCUCAUUCUGACACAGAGGAAUAUCUGAGGGAUAGGUCUCGCUUCCACUCGCCAGACAGAAGCACUCACAGUGAGGGUAGAUCAGUUGCGCCAAGGACAGAGUAUGUCUUUAGGUCGUCCAGAAAUGUGUUUGACAAAUCUGGAAGAAUGGCCAAUGUCGACGAUAACUUUGACAAACUGACACUUUUGCAGUAUUCGUCUGAGCCGGGUAGCCCAAAACAAUCAGUUUGGAUGCGUGUGUCGGAUGACACAAAGAGUCAGGAGAGAGAACAGCUUAUGUAUGAGGACAGCGUGGACAGGACUGUAAAGGAGGCAGAGGAAAAACUCAGUGAGGUAUCUCAAUUCUUUCGUGAGAAAACCGAACAGCUCAAUGAUGAGCUCUCGUCUCCAGAAAAGAAGUCUCGAAGACCAGACUUCAGGGAGUCUCGAUCCGGCCCCAGUUCCACACACAGCAGUCCAGAAAGGUCAGCUUAUAGGAAUGGAGGUAGUGGAGAAGAAUGGAGUAGAGAAAGGCUUCGAGACAGGUUCAGCUCCAGUGACAGGAAAUGUGCCAGUUUGCCGAGCAGUCCAGAGAGGAGAGUGUUGCUGCAGUACAGCGAGUCAGACCCAAGAAAACAAGGAGAUACCAAGUCACAGGGGAGCACAGGUGAAAGCCCAAAACCUUUUCAAAUGUCUUCGUCCAAAGUUAGUGCUGUGAGGUUAAAGUUUGAACAAGAGGCACAAAAGCAAGAUAGGAGUCCUCAGAGUGGCCAAAAUUCAAAUCCUCCUAUCAGGAAGCUCCAAGAAACAAAGCUACCUGUGUAUCAGGUGUUUGCUGGUCCAAACAUUCCAAAAACACCAGACAGUCCAGGAAACCAGAGAAGACGUCUAGAUAGUGAAUCAAACAAGUUCUCAACCAUGCACGAGACCGGUGAAAAAGAUCAGGAAGAGAAAAAGUUAUUCAAAGCAUGGGAGAGUCAAGACUACGGGAACUACAAAUCCCAGUCGCCCAAAUUAUCUCAGUCCUUAAUCCAAGAUUCUAUAAAAGAUGGCAAGAAUAGUGAUUCACAACUACAAGAAACCACCAAGAAAAUAAUCUACACAGAAUUUGUUGUCCGAGAAAGUCCAAAUAGCAAUGAUAGUCUAAAAAAAAACUCGGAAUCACAAAUUCCUAUAAGAAAGCCAUCUAAUUUCUCCGAAAAUCAAAAAUCCACAACUUUAAAAUUAGAUGCCUCUGUUGAACCCCAUGAGAGGACAGGCUCUCAUAUACCAACUUUAGCUAGAAAUCGGUUACACAGUAGCUCUGAAUCCAACAAGUCUACUCGCGGAUCAUCACUAGGAAAAUCCACUGACUCAUCCGACGGUAGCCUGUCGAAUGUCGUGUGUAACGGUGUUGAUAGUGACCAAGUAGGGUAUUUGGAUGAAUUAACUCCUACAGUUGUCACAGAGGGUUUCAAAGACAUUACACCUUUACCUGUGUAUGUUAGCAUCCAAGUAGGAAAGCAGUAUGAAAAAGAAACAGCCUCAGGGCAACUGGGGACAUACAAAAAGAUAGUAAGCCAUGAGAGUAGGACAGUGCAUGAGACCAGGGGAGCAUUUUACACCGUCAAGCAGAAGCAGCCUGCAUCUCCUCAAGGAAGUCCCGAAGAUGACACUCUAGAACAAGUCACUUUCUUGGACAGCUCUGGGAAAAGUCCUGUUACCCCUGUGACACCCAGCUCCGAGGAAGGGAGUCUGGGAUCAAGAAUACCAGAAUCUGUGAUAGGAUUCAUGCCUGGAAUGCCAGGUCCUAUCCUAGAGGAGUCUGAGGAGGAAGAAGGGCAAACCUUCAUCUACAAGGGGCCCUCGAAGGAAAAUCCCAGUAGAAAACAGGAUACAGAGAGACAAAAGACAAGGGGUAAAAGAGUGGCUUACAUAGAGUUCCCACCCCCUCCUCCUUUAGAAGCAGAGCAGUCCGACCCUGAGAAAAGGGGCUCUUGUGCUUCUUCUGAGGCAGAGACAGAAAUGAUCGAGGUAAACCUUCAAGAGGAGCAUGAUAGGCACCUCUUAGCGGAGCCUAUUAUCAGGGUCCAGCCUCCAUCCCCUGUUCCCCCUGGAGCUGAUAACAGUGACUCCAGUGAUGAUGAGUCCGUCUUCCACCCCAUCCCUGUCAAAAAGUACACCUUCAAAAUGAAAGAAGAGGGAGAGAAACAGCCUAAAAAAUCAGAGAAAAACGAGAAUAGUAGGGAGUCUGAGAUCAAUGGUGUCGUAAAGGAGGAGGAUGCUGACUUUGACCAAAAUGGCAAUGACCAAUCAGUCACUGACUGCUCCAUAGCAUCCACUGCUGAGUUCUCACAUGACACAGAUGCUACUGAAAUUGACUCUUUAGAUGGGUAUGACCUUCAGGAUGAGGAUGACGGACUAAGUGAGGACCCUAAAACGUCUAGCAUGUCCAAUGAUGGCAAAACCACUGACCGCUCCUUUAUUCAGUCUAAGCUUGAAGUGAUAGAGGAAGAGAAAUGUGAAGAAGGGGGGGAUAAUGGAGUGGCUAAAACCUCAGCCAGUGGAGAGGAGAAAGAUUAUACCCUUGAAGGAAGACAUCCAGAAAGGCAGACUUUCGCUGAUAACUACUUUGGCUACCAACUUGAAGAGGAGCUGAAUUCAACCUUUAAAACUGUUGCCACCAAAGGCCUGGACUUUGACCCCUGGUCAACCAAAGGGGGCGAUAGCGACGGAGUUUUUGAGUCCAAAACAAAAGACGAGGACCCAAAACCUUUUGGUUUAUCGGUGGACGACAAAUCACAGGCUACAACCCCCGACACAACCCCCGCUCGAACACCGACUGAUGAGAGCACACCGACUAGUGAGCCUAACCCCUUCCCUUUCCACGAAGGGAAGAUGUUUGAGAUGACCCGCAGUGGUGCUAUUGACAUGAGCAAACGGGACUUUGUUGAAGAGAGGCUUCAGUUUUUCCAGAUUGGUGAGCAUUCCUCUGACCCUAAAACAGGGGAAAAGGGGAGAGGGGGCAAGAUCCUGGGGGUAAUUUCCUCUCACUCAGGGGAGAAGGUUAUAGAUACUACCACAGACAGCAGCACAACAACACCACCAGCAACAACAGCAAAAUCCAGUACUGCACAGUCUGGCGGUACUGAUGCCCCCACCUGUGAAGCCAUAGCUGAGACCUCCUCAUGCACAAUCACAGCCUCUAAGGUUGAUCCCAAAUUUCGCACUCCUAUUAAGAUGGGCAUAGCUGCCUCUAUAACUGUGAAAAAAGACUCAGGGGAUCUCACCAAUUGUAAAGCCGAGGUGUCAGAGGGACAGAUAGUGCCAGAAUACAUCAGUAUAGAGGGUCAGUGUACAGAAAGCCAGACUAGCAGACACACUGAGCCCACGAUAGAGAGACAAGAUUUCCCCUCUGAAAACUACAACAACAACAAUAACCUUGAGGCCUCCAGUGUUCAGGCCAACUACAUUCAAUGUGGUAGUGUGGUGUUUAAUUUGCAGUCCUCCUCUGAACCCACUCUUCAAAAAGCUAGUAGGAUAGAAACACUGGGCUGCAGGGAUGGAGAGGAGGGAGCGGAAGUUACCAGCAGUGGUCAAGCGCAGGAGCAGAAAAGUGAAACCCUCAAAGAAGGUGAAGUGAAGCAGCCCAAGUCGAGGCUUCCAGUGAAAGCCUCGGGUUGGUCAUUUCACACGCAGGGAACAGCCAUAGGCAAACAGAAGCCCAAACAAGCAGUGAAGGUCGAGGUCAGGAAGAGACAAAAGCCAGCCAUAGCCAAAGUAGAACCCAGAUCCAGAAUACCAAUCAAGGAUGUUAAAAAGAGCGGCCCUGCUGCCACAGCCAGUCCACUUGUUUCAGUCCGUGUCCCCUCGCAGCCAACAAGGGCAUUGGACACAGGGAGAGCAGCCAUACAGUUGCCCACGAGGUUACCAUUGAACGAUAGACAUCAGGUCAGCAAAGUGAAACCCGAGGGAGCAUGCAGACAGGACAGACAGGAGAACCCAAGCGAGGUUUGUAAGCGCACGAUCGAGUACUUUAAAGGCAUUAGCGGGGAGACGCUAAAGUUGGUGGACCGCCUGUCAGACGAGGAGAAAAAGACGCAGACAGAGCAGUCGGAGGAAGACAGCACCUCCCGGAGCACCUCUCUGUCGGACGCCUCCCAGCCUUCCCAGCCCUCCCAGCCCUCCCGCUCAUCCAGGUCUGGUAGAGGGUCGAGGGCUGAGGCCGGGGCCGCGUCCGUAAGGGCAAAGGUGGCGACGACGGACAGGGCCUCCGGCAGUGAGAGGAGCAGGAGGAGUAGGCGGACUGGUGGGAAGGAGGGCAGUCAGGGACUCACAGGGUCUCGAACGCCUCCCGUCGCGGAGAUCAAGCCUAGUCCCCAGAGUCCCUGUGAGCGAACAGACUUGCGCAUGGCGAUCGUCGCAGAUCACCUGGGACUCAGUUGGACAGAGUUGGCUCGGGAGAUGAACUUCACAGUGGAUGAGAUCAACCACGUCAGGCUAGAAAACCCCAACUCGCUGACAGCCCAGAGCUUCAUGCUACUUAAGAAAUGGGUCAGUCGGGAAGGAAAGAACGCCACAACGGAUGCCUUAACUUCAGUGCUGACCAAAGUCAAUCGGAUGGAUAUUGUGACUUUACUGGAGGGCCCAAUAUUUGACUAUGGUAACAUUUCAGGCACGAGAUGUUUUGCCGAUGAUAACGCUGUUUUCCGGGAUCAGGCUGAUGAUUAUCACAGCAUUCUAGCGGAGCUGCAGUCCCCCGCUGCACUGCACUCCGACCCCAACUUCCUGGAGCCCGAACUCCCCGUCACCCCCAACCCUUCCCUUGCCCACCACCAUUACCCAGAACCAGGCAGCCCUUUGCCCGCUGACUCCCAGCCUCAGCCCCUCCCCUGGAGCCCGCAGAUAGAGCCGGACAGCCCCCCUAGGAGCCCCCCCAGGCCCAGUGAGCUGGCCCUGUCCGUCCCGGUCUUUGUUCUCCCUGACCCUGUCCCUCCCAAGGUCACGAAGCCUCACAUCGCUCUGAACGACCAGCUGCUUUUGAGCGAGGAGGAGGACAGGUCCUGUCACGAAAUGGGGUUCAGCCACAAGCCCAGGUCGCACUGCCCCCCUGCGACGUGUGAGUUAGACAUCGACAUGGCUUACUCCACAUCUUCCCCUUCACUCUCAUCCGUAUCAUCAAUAACCCCUUCAUCGCCCGACGGAGCACAGAGGAGAGAUGGGGGAGCGCAGAUGGGCUCCCCCGAUGUGGCACGCGACGAUCUAUUGAAAAGGAAAGUGACAAUGGAAAUAGAGAAGGUCGCGGAGAUGGUCGCAGCAGAGUUGGCGAUGGGAAAUGGAUUAGUGGAAAAGUGGGUAGAGCAGGACUUGAUCAAAAAUGUGGAAAGAAAAUGUGAGAUGGUAACACAAGACAGGCCUGCUUUGGCAGAGGAGAACAACAUUUUGAAGCAACCUGAAGUGGAAAAAGGUUGCACCACAGUAGAGGCUGAGGCGGUCAAACAGGGUUUAAAUGAAACAGCUGAGGAGCAAAAAGUUGAUGGGAUCAGCGGGGAAAGGGUCUACCGGGAGGACACGCCGCAGUUUAGAGACGAAGAAGGGUUGCGGGGCGGUAAAGGAGACAUUUGCGGCACAGCAGAAGAGGACCAAGCAGCCGAGGGACACGCGGUUGCUCCGACCUCUCCUCGGGCCUGGGUUGAGGCCCUUGGGGAACGUCAGCCCAGUGAGUCUGAAUCCAACGGGGAAGGAGAGGAGGGAAACGGAGACAAUGAAAUCCCAGAAGAGGAGGUGGAGAGAGAAGAAGGCUCAGAGGAGAAGGAGGGGGACAGAGAGAUGAUGAGCCAGGCCAGUGUUCAGGAGAUUCUCGAUCAGGUCGAACAAGCAGAACAAGAAGUGUGUUCAUUUUCAGGUUGGCACAGUGAUACAUCCAGCGUCAACGUGGAACCACCGACGCCAGGCCGCAGCGUCAGCUCCGAACUGCUCGACAGGCGGGAAAGCCAAGAGAACUCCAGCGAGUCCAUCACUUCCUCGUCCAGAGGGGAAACUGCGAGGUCCCGACCCAACGGCAACAACUCCAAGCACGCGCCUCAGGACCGCUCGGCGGCGUCAGCGAAUGGCAGAAAGGAAGAGGGAGCCCUGGUGUCGGAACGAAAAGUAAAGCAUCUUAGCGUAGACUCGGGUUCAGAAGAAGAACAGACAGUAACCACCAGAAUCUUCAGGCGCCGUCUCAUUUUAAAGGGAGAACAAGCAAAGAAUAUCCCAGGCGAGACUAUGACCGAAGAGCACUAUAUGGACCACGACGGUAACCUCGUCAGUAGAAAAGUGAUCAGGAAGGUCAUUCGCCGAGUUUCUAGUCCCACACCAGAAAACCAAGGAAGUGACAAGGAGCACCGAGACCUUCUGCACAGGCCCGCUCUGCAGGAAGACGGGUCAGAGCAAGGAGAAGGUUCAAGGAAUAGCAGGCGAAAGGAGGACAGACGAUCAGGGGAUAAGAAGCUACACUCAUAGGGAUGGUUGUGCUCUAUCAGACGUACGGGGAAACAAACUCUGAUGUUUCCUGCGAAAAAAGGAGUUCAGAGGGCUAGAGAGCUAAAGUGUGACGACUUCAGGGUCCAGUCCGCAACUGUCCGCUUCAAACAAACGGUUUAACACACGUGAGAGGAGUUUGACCCUUCUGACUUACGCAUGAGCAUGAGUAAAAAUAAAAACUCACUUCCUGUCGACGAAAGGACCGCCGGGCUCCGGGCCUCCUGACUGUAGUGGACCCGCGGAACAAUGAUUCUGCUUCCUGUCUUGUGUGAAACGAAAACGUGCCAUCGGUCCACUGGUGUCGUCCGCGCUUUAUUUCAGGAGCACAAUUUGUGGUGAAAACGAUAAAAGACGCAUUUGCUGACGGCCGCACAGGUGCACCUGUGACCAAAGAUGGCACAAGAGCUCAAUCCACAAGGUGGGUGGAAAAGAAUGAAGUAGACACAAUAACACAAAAAAAAAAAAAAAAAAUCCAAUGGAACACUUCUGCUCCAACUUCAACACUCGCCUUAUAGUUUUUUCUUGAAACCAUUGUUGUCGGGAUGUAAAUUGUUUUUGGGAUUUUUUUUUCUUCCUUUUUAAAACUUAUACUAACACAAAAGCGGUUUUCUGUACAUAAAAUUACAAUGUGUAAAAUUCUUAAUAAAG